UCAACAUAAACAGCAAUGGCGGAGGCAGCGGCUGCAUCUACAGCGGCUCCAACAACAACAGGAGGCUGGACGAAACACGUAACCUGCAGGUAUUUCAUGCAUGGUCUUUGCAAAGAGGGGAACAACUGUCGAUACUCCCAUGACCGUAGCAGCAGCAAACCAGCCAUGAUCUGCAAGUUCUUUCAGAAGGGUUGUUGUGCAUUUGGAGACCGUUGCAGGUAUGAACACACCAAGCCAUCCAAACAAGAACUCCCAGGGAUGAUGCCGCUUCCCACUGCUCUCCUAGCUCUUGCUGGUACCCCUGACUCCGUGCCCAGUGGGCCAGGUGGUACAGCCGAUGAUCAGGAAAGGCCCCACAGCUCCGGGGCAGUGGACUGGAUCAAUGCUGCAGAGUUUGUGCCAGGCCAGCCAUACUGCGGGAGGGUUGAGCCUGUGUUUGUGGAGGGCCCAGGACCUAUCAUUGAGGAUGAGUAUGAGAAGGAGCGAGCCAGCAGCCAGCUGAAGAAGCAGCUGUGCCCUUACGCCGCUGUGGGUGAGUGCCGCUAUGGCCUCAAUUGUGCCUAUCUCCACGGCGAUGCAUGCGACAUGUGCGGCCUGCAGGUGCUCCACCCAACCGACACAUCCCAGCGCUCCCAGCAUAUCAGGGCGUGCAUAGAGGCCCAUGAGAAAGACAUGGAGAUCUCGUUCGCCAUCCAGCGCAGUAAGGACAUGAUGUGUGGCGUGUGCAUGGAGGUGGUGUUUGAGAAGGCCAACCCCAGUGAGCGCCGCUUUGGCAUCCUCUCCAACUGCAGCCACUGCUACUGCCUCAAGUGCAUCCGCAAGUGGAGGAGUGCUAAGCAAUUUGAGAGCAAGAUUAUAAAGUCCUGCCCAGAGUGUCGAAUCACGUCCAACUUUGUCAUCCCAAGCGAGUACUGGGUGGAAGACAAGGAAGAGAAGCAGAAUCUUAUCCAGAAGUACAAGGAUGGCAUGGGGAGUAAACCAUGUCGAUAUUUUGAUGAGGGACGUGGAACUUGUCCAUUUGGAGCCAACUGCUUCUAUAAGCACGCCUUCCCUGAUGGGCAUCUAGAGGAGUCUUCGGCACCGCCCCAGCGAAGGCAGACUGCCUCCAAUGGGAGGAACAGGAACUCUAGACGCACUCCCCUCUGGGAUUUGUUGGACGAGCGGGAGAGCAGCGACUCCAUGGACAAUGAGGACGAAGAAAUGGUGACGUUCGAGCUGAGCGAGAUGCUUCUCAUGCUCCUGGCCGCGGGAACAGACGACGACGUCACCGACUCCGAAGACGAGUGGGACUUGUUUCAUGAAGAGUUGGACGAUUACUACGAGCUCUACCUAUAGCGUCCCUCUGUUAAUCCCACAUUUCCUCUCUCCCUCACUAAUCUUCCCUGGUAAUCCUUCCCCUGCCCUCCAUCCCAGAAACAAGGCAAGAUUGUCUCGUGUGAGUGAGUUAGCGGUAGAGUCUUUCCCCAUGUGUCAUGGCAGUGCCUUUUAAGCAGGCCAUUAAAAUCAUGACUUCAGUCCAGAGUGGAAAUGAAAUAUAUAAAAGAUCAGAUGAGACAGAAAAAGAGGGGGGAAAAGAGGAAGGAAAAACAGGUCUGUGUGCUCAUGCUAAAACCUUUUUCUAGAAAACCUCUGUACUGCGGGUCUGUCUGUGUCCACUUUAUGUACUAAAGAGAGAUUUAAAAAAAAAAAAAAAAAAAAAAAAUUUACAAAGUUCAAAAAUUACAAAAAGACACUAAGUUAUACAUUUAAAAAAUGAAAUGAUAUUGCUAAUAAAUCUUAAUGGUUUUAUUCUAAAGUGUAGGUUUGACUUAUCAUGUACCCAGGUAUGGUCCUGCUUAAAUGGGACUUGGUGCAUACUGCAGCUUUGUAAGGUUUCACUGUAACUGAUUUCUGGAUUAUUCCUCUCUCCUCAUGCACUGACUAUGAAUGGGUGGGGUCAUGGAGAUUAACUUUCUUGAUGUCAAAUGCACACAUGCACUCUUAACGUUCAUAAAGAUUACUUCUCACUGAACAUUAAUUCCCCCUCCCUUUUCUCUCUCUAAUUCUCUUUAAUUGGCCUAGGGGUCAGUUGUGGUGUUUUUUUUGUUUUGGUUUUUUUUUUUAAAUCUAGUUGACCUUUACAGGUUCAGGAACACCUGUGGUAUCAAAUGGAAAGUCUCUCCUCAGUGUAGCGAUACAUUUGUGAAUUUGGACUCCAGAAAGCAGACUUAAAUGCAUUCAAAUAUGAAGCUGGGUGUUUCAUCACUUUAACUGUCAAUUACUUGUAAAAUUUAUGAUUUGCUUCAGUAUUGCAUAUUAAGCUCAGCUGUCAGUAGCCAAUCCACAAACACACAAUUGUUAUUUGGUUCUUGUCGAACUUGGUUGAAAUACAUAUGUUUAUACUGAAAUGUGCUUGUUUUCUAUGGUCCAGAACCAUCCAGCAUAACUUGAAAAUUAAAGUUUAUUAUCAAAGUA